CGGAGGUUGCGGGGCCAGGGGCGCGGCCGCCCAACAGCGCCGGCAGGAUGAGGAAAUAUAAACAAAUUCCCAAGCUCUCCAGUCAAUCUCCUGUCUAUCAUACCAACCUGAGUACCCAGCCUUCAGACCGACCCUUUAACCUGAUUUCAAAAGAUUCCUUAGACUCGGAUUCAGAAAGCCUCCCUCAAGCGAUUAAAUUUAAAUCCGAAACUGAGGACCACAUCCAGAACGAAGAUAUGGAGCCUGACAGCUUGGAGGAGGACAGCCCUGACAACCUCAGUGAGAUAGAGGAGGCAGGAAAUGGAAAAGCAGCCCAGAGGCCCAACAAAGAACACCUGGGAGCCGAAGGUGGCGGUGUGAAUCACAGCCAACCUCAGGUAGAAGACAAAUAUUCAGACCUCCGAUAUGAUCCCAACUGGAAGAAUAAGAAAGAGGAGGAGCAGCCAUUGACUGUGGAAGCAUUGCCAGGGUCUGCAGAUAGCUCUUCAGAAAACCUGCCUUUGGCUCCACUCUACCCUUCCAGGGAGCCAUCCAUCAGACAGCCAUCCGAGAAAGGAAGCGAGAAGAGGAGCGCUCCAAGCGAAGCUUCCUUACUUGGAAGCGAAUUUCUAAGCCGGGACUAUGAGAACGACCCCCGCCAAAAUGAGUCCUUUUCCGAACCAAGCGACAGCGACAAGGAGGAAAAAUCCAGCGACCUGUCUCAGUACCCAAAGAGUUCAAGCUCACACAACGAAGUUUUCCUGCCAGGGUCCCGUGGACGGCGCAGAAGGAAGUCCAAGCAACAUUUUGUGGAAAAAAACAAGCUGACUUUGGGAUUACCCACUCCUAAAACAGACUCUUACCUUCAGCUUCACAACAAAAAGAGAGGAGACACUCGCCUCGAACAGAUUUCCUACACCAUCAACCAUACUGGCACGAUGACGACUGUCCAAAAUAAUAAAGAAGUUGAAAACGCAUCCAUGGAGCUUGAAGACAAAUGGCAUCAGAGAGCAAAACAGCUUAAGAAUUACCAAGAACAUUUGUCUCAGUAUGAAGAUACAAGAUCAGGCAAUGUCCCAAGAGGUCAGUCUUCUGAUGCAGCCAAUGGCCAUCAACCUUCCAAAAGAACAGCCAAAGACAGGGGUCGGAAACAGAGGAAACACCAGAAUGGCCUGAAAUCUCUUGGGACCAAAGAGCUUGUCAUUAGUCAAAAAAAUCAGAAUAACACUCUCCAGCAACCACAAGACCAAAGGCAGACUAUGGGUGCUUCAGCGAAGUAUGAGCCGGCUGCACAUAUGAACGCUUUUAACACCAAUUUACAGGACUCCAAAAUGCUCACCCACAGUCCUAAGAUCACCCUGGACACAUUUGUUCCACCCAAGAUGGCUUUUGACAAAGCAUUGUAUAAAAACUCUGUCUCAGGGAUGAACACAAAUAAAAAAAGCAAACAUAGACAGAAAGAAAAGAAAAGAUUUUUGUAUCAGCAGGAACCCAUCUACAUGCUUUCUGAUAUGGAUCUGCAUGAUUUUAAUGAACUUUCUUCCAGACACAUGUUGCUGAGCCAGAAAGGCCCUCAGUCUGAUUAUGACAAGAACACACACAGGACAACGAAGACCAAGAAGCCAUCCAAACAGCCACAGGCAGAGACAAAAUAUAAGAACAUAGAGAUGCUCUGGAAAUUGCACUCCUCCUCAGACAUGGAGCCUGCUAGAGCCUCUCCAGACUCCCGGCUUGCCCAGAUCAUGGAGCAGCACCAGCAAGCCUUGGUGCAGCUGGCAGAGGUGCAGCCCAGCGAGGGUUCCUUGGCCAGCACCACACUCCCACCCAUCCUGUCCAGGGUAGAAAGCGAAUCCCAGCUCGAUUCAGAGAGAGGCCACAGCCACCAGACGAAGAUGGCUCGCAGUAAUUCCGAAGGCUACCUGCUUCAGCUGGAAAGACGGAAAAAACACAGGAAGCGAAGCAGCACAAAGAGUUCCAAGCUGAAAGGUUAUCAGAAAAGAGACGUGAAGCUUGGAGGCCUCGGACCCGACUUUGAGUCUGUUAGAGACAAAAUGCAAAAAUUGAUGCAGCAAAAAGAAUAUGCAAGGCAAGUCAAGGAAAACAACAUGAAGACCCUGUCUGUUCUGUCCAAAGUACAGUCAGAAAAACCUGAGAGUAAAUCGGCGAUUUCUCGGCAGAAGGCUUUGGAAUAUGCUAAGACCAUCCCCAAACCCAAACCGCCAAAUCUGGUUGACCAAGCAGCAAAGAAGAACAAGAACACGAGGAACAGUAAAAAAGAAGGACUCUUACCAGACAUUUCCCUGCUGGAGAUCCUGCGGAGCAGGCACGAGCGAGAAAAGCAGGCCGUGGCUGCUUUCAAAGUCCUUCACAUUGUCUAGACAGCGUUCGGGGGAGCGGGGGGCAUCAAAAAUGUGAUCAAAGGAACACAGAGGGAAAAAAAAAAAACUAACAAUUCCGUCUACACUGAGCGGUGACCUGGCAUGGUCAACUGCCUGCCUGCCACCCUUGCCUGCCCUAUGCAAAAGUUAAAGUGGGGCCCAGUCGGCACUGGUGGCAGGUUUAACCUUCUGGAAAGAAAAAUGCAUGGAAUUAUUUAUGUUUCAAAUCUGUUAGAAUUUGGGCCGGUAA